CUGUACGUCACCAAAUAGGACAGCAGCAGCGAUCGCGAGCAGAGAAGAAAUUCUCUUGUGGAACACAAAGGGAAUUGAUGAUGGUUAGAAAAAACAGUGAAGACAAACCACCACCAGAUGGAGGUUGGGGCUGGCUGUGUGCUUCCGGGGGGUUCGUGGUGUACUUCUUAACAGCAGCUCAGCUAAGAGCAUUCGGUGUGUUUCUCCCCGUACUCACUAAGGAAUUCGGUACUAGCAACGCACUGACGGCAUGGGCAAACGGAAUCGCAACCGCCGCUCUUCUAAUGCUAACGCCAUUGGCGACGGCGCUGUGUCACAGAUACUCCUACAGGACAGUUGCUAUACCCGGUGCAAUCAUCGCUGGCGUAGGAAUGUCCCUAGCCUACUUUGCCAAAGGUCUUCCGGUCCUCUAUCUUACUUAUGGACUGAUGUUUGGGCUAGGAUCAUCGUUAAAUACCAUCCCGGGACAAGCAUCAACAGCUGAGCAUUUUGUUAAGAAACAAUCAACAUCCAUCGGCAUCAUUCUCCUAGGAACCGGAGUAGGCACACUUGUUUGGCCGAUCCUCAUAGAAUACCUCCUAGAAGAAUACUUGUACCAAGGAACAUUUCUUAUCUGUGGCGCGAUAUCAUUUAACCUCCUCGUCGCUGCAAGUUUAUUUAGAAACUUUAAGAAGAGACCUCCACCAGACUCCCGUGUCGCGGAAACAAGUAACAAUGUAGAAACGAGUGCGUCAGCCAGUAAACCACCAUCAUGUUUCGCUAGGAUUCAAAAUUUCAUCAGAAAUAGUAAGCCCAUCGUGGACAAACGCGUUCUAACAGAUUCUACCACUUUAGUGUAUUGCGUGACGCUGUUUUUUGUUCAAAUUACCUACCAAUCUAUUUUCAUUCUGCUGCCCACGCGAGGCGAGGAGAUAGCAGACAGUGAGGGCUUCAGUGUGGCUACACUGGUGUCCACCAUUGGUCUUUCUGAGACCAUCUUUCGGCUUCCAUUGGGCUCCAUCUGGGACAUCAGCUUUUUGCGCAAACCCACUCGCAGGCUGGGCGGGGCGGGGGGCGAGGGCCCGUUGGCGGGCCUGGGCGGCGAGAAAGUAAUGCAGGCUAUCCAGUACAAAGUUCGAUCGGCGGUGCGGGGUCGGGCAUCCGGUGAGGUGGGGUCCGGCGGACUGCCCCAUUCGGACCCCCCUCUGGCAUCCAGCCCCUGUGCCACACUUUCUAUGUGGCCACUUAGCAAGAGUCCGCAACUCACCGACAACCAACUUUUAGGUCGGCCACGACACGAUGAUGAAGAGGGCCGCGGCGCUAUAGCUGCCAUGAUCUGA